AACGAGACAGGCUCCUUCGCAGGGUGUCCAUCCUCUCCGGCUCCCCAGGGCCAGUGUGGCAGAGAGGAACAUCCAGCUGGGAGAUCCCUGCCUAAUUGAAGGGCUGGUCCCAUCCUGCUCUAGCACGUGAGCAGGGACAGCAUCAUGGGGCUGCAGGGACACCAUGGAGCAGGUGACAACUGAGGCCUCAGAACACCAAGAGGAACAAGCAAUACUUUGCUAGAUACAAGGAUACCUCUGAAAGGAAGGAGCAAUGCCAGCCACAGGAGCUGGCUGGAAUAGAGUGAUCCUGCAAGGCAGACUCUGGCAGCCACAAGAUGAUACUUCACAGCAAACAACAUCAAGAUAAGGAAAGAAUUUUUUUUUUUCUGAAAAAGAUCAAGUCAGCCUCUUAUCUUAUAGAUAAUUUCUUGCAGCCCAUAUUACAGGAAUUAAUUCCCUUGUCCAUUCUUCUCAACACAGGCCAGUAUUUUCAGAUCAAAGUACUGCAAGAUUGUUGGCUGCAGAGUCUGCUUUGCAGUAAAAAGGGGCUGCUCUUGCCCAUUAGGUAGCAAAGCAAAGUCACAUUUUCAGAUAUGGCAGCAGUCAGCUCCCAUCAAGAGCAAGAGAGGUGUCCCCUCUCCUGUUGAGAAACAAGGAGGUUUCCACCCUGUCUUCACACCUCCCCUUUUCCCUCCCCAGCAUGUUACAUCCCUGCCAAGACCAGCAGCAAAUACCUCCAGUGACACUACAGGCAGUGGAGCUUUCCCUGUGUGCUUGAGAAGAACUGAAGCUUUUGCUAGCAAGAUUUUCUUUCCAGAACUGGUCACUGCAAAGUCGUGGGACAGAUACAACCCAUCCCUGAGCAAACAUGGAAGCUAUCAAGAAAAAGAUGCAGAUGUUGAAGUUAGACAAGGAGAAUGCCAUUGACAGAGCAGAGCAGGCUGAAACGGACAAGAAGGCAGCUGAGGACAAAUGCAAACAGGUAGAGGAUGAGCUGAUGGCCCUGCAGAAGAAAUUGAAAGGGACUGAGGAUGAGCUGGAUAAGUACUCGGAAGCUCUCAAAGAUGCCCAGGAAAAGCUGGAGCAGGCUGAGAAGAAGGCCACUGAUGCUGAAGGGGAGGUGGCAGCUCUGAACAGACGCAUCCAGCUCGUGGAAGAGGAGCUGGAUCGUGCCCAGGAGCGACUGGCCACGGCCCUGCAGAAGCUGGAGGAGGCUGAGAAAGCAGCAGAUGAGAGUGAGAGAGGAAUGAAGGUUAUUGAGAACAGAGCAAUGAAAGAUGAAGAGAAAAUGGAGAUUCAGGAGAUGCAGCUGAAGGAGGCGAAGCACAUCGCUGAGGAAGCCGACCGCAAGUACGAAGAGGUUGCCCGAAAACUGGUUAUUUUGGAGGGUGAGCUGGAGAGAGCUGAGGAGCGUGCAGAGGUGUCUGAAGUUAAAUGUAGCGACCUUGAAGAGGAGCUGAAGAAUGUCACCAACAACCUGAAGUCUUUGGAAGCUCAAUCUGAAAAGUACUCGGAAAAAGAAGAUAAAUACGAAGAAGAAAUCAAGAUUCUCUCUGACAAGCUGAAAGAAGCUGAAACUCGUGCUGAAUUUGCAGAGAGAACAGUUGCCAAACUGGAAAAGUCCAUUGAUGACCUGGAAGAAAAACUGGCUCAAGCCAAAGAGGAGAACCUGGGGCUGCACCAGACGCUGGACCAGACGCUGAACGAACUGAACUGUAUAUGAGCUGGCGCGGAGCCCUGAGCGGCCCCGGCCCCGCCCGCAGCUCCUCCCGCACCCCGGGACGCGUGUCCGUGGCUCGGGCCCCGCGGGUCGCGCCGCAGCUUUUCCUGCCGGUUCCCGAGCCGCGUGGAUCCCGGCGGGAGCGCCCCCGGGCCCCGCCGGGCCCUGCUGGCCCCAUUAAACGGUUCCUCCCGCU